AUGGAUUUUUGGUUUUGCUUUAUUUAUAUUUAUGAAAAAUAUAAAAUUAUCAAAAAAUAUGGAUAUUAUGGAAAAGAAAUAAAUGAAGCAUUUGAAGAAGCAGAUAAAGAAAUACCAAAUAAUUUAAUGUCACUUAAAGCAAAUCCUGAUGCUGUAUAUACAAGUAGAGCAUUUACAUUUAAAAAUUUGCCAAAACCUAUUAAUUCGUCUCUUAUUACCUCAUAUCUUGAAAAGGAUGAGAAUAAUGAAGUUUUUCAAGAUUCUCGAUUACAUGCAUUAGGAAUUUCUAGCUCAUUACAAAUUAAGUAG